UACCAUCCGCACAUAUAUAUAAAAGGCGGGGAUUCACCCAAAGGCACAAACUGAAAUGAUGCACUCGGGGAUUAUCACCGCCUGCAUAUUGGGCUUGGCGAAGAUCGCUUUGGCCACGACGUAUGCGUACCCGCCACCCCCUUGUAAAGAUCCAUUAGUCUCACAGGAUCAAGGGCUGUACGACGGAUUCCAGUCACUUCCGGGCCUCCAAGGAUAUUUUCUUCCUCUUAACCUUCAGAACGUUCUACAGAAUGUUUUACCACCAGCUCUGCCUCAGCCUUUACCGCACUCUUACUUGCCUCAGCCUCUGCCCCAACCCCUGCCACCGCCGCUCCCUCAUAAUUUGCCCCAGUCGCUUCCUCCCCUUCGUCACAACCACUAUCGGCCAGUCACCCACCAGUUCGAGAGGACAACGGUUCGCCCCGUCUACGACGAGUACGUUCGCCAGGUCCCGUUCCUCAGGAAGAGGCUCAGGGUAUCUGACGAACAGGUCACAAGGCACGUCCCCGUGGUUGAAAAGUUGGUCUCCCAACAGGAAGAGAAAUUCAUCAGACACAUUCCUGUCGUGCACAAGUUCUGCAAACCCGUAGUCGAGACGAGGACCCGUCACGUCCCAGUAAUAAAAAAGAGACUGCGGACCGUCGUCGAGCCUUAUACCAGCCACGUGCCCAUCUUGGAAAAGUACACGCGACCCGUCGAAGAGACGGUCGUCCGCAGCUUCCCGGUUGUCGAAAAGAGGUGCAGGCCGGUCGUCCAUUCCCACCUCCGACACAUCCCCGUGACUGAACGGAGGGUCAGGCCUUUCGUUGAAAGCACAGUCUGUAAUAUUCCGGUAAAACAACGCGUUUUGAAGAACCUGGUCGAACAGAGGAUUAGGACCGUCCAAGAACCCGCGGUCGAAUGUUCUGGACAGGAAACAUCGUCAACACCCCUGACGGAAUUGACACCUCCUGCACAGAGAUCCGACCUCUCUUCCUGUGAUCUUCUCAACCCUUUACCUCCUUGUGACAAUCCCUGCGACGCUCCCCUCCCAUCUUGUUCUUGUUCCUGUCAAUAAAUAACCGAAUUAUGUAAGAUAUAUUUUUUUAUACUUAAUUUAUUUCAAUAAAAUUGUAUUUAAUUUUGCUA